AUGGAUCCGAAUACGGGCAAUAUCGCCCUCAUCGAUAAUACCGCGCCGCGGCGUCAAUCCGACACCCCCACUGCAGCAGGCGGCAGCCACGUCUCCCGAAAAUGGACUCGAGUGUCUAUUCGCAGCGAGCUCGCAAAGCGCAAAUAUGCCAAAUGGCAACCAGAUCGGCUGGGCCUCGCUGAUGACGAUGAUAACGGGGAUUUUGCCGCUGCAGCAGAGGCUAGCAGACGUCCUUCAGACGGCCGAGACCUCUCAGCAACAGAAACAGCAACCACCAACACCCCAUCACGAAGCCCUAGCCAACAUCCCACACCCCCAUCCCAAGAAGUAGAAGCUAUAGACUUCGCCCCCCAGGAGACCAACAACACCGCGCCCAAACCACCCACCCUCAAAGGCCUAAAACCCAACACCGAGCUGGACAUCCUCUACGAGAACCAACGCGGAUGGUUCUUCUUCGGCAUCCCACUAUACUCCCACAGCUCUCUCCUCAAUUUUGACCCCUCCGCGUGGAUGACCGCCGACCAUCGCGACAGUCCCGUGGAUAUCACGAACGCGCAGGUCCCUGACCCCAGCUGGGUAUGGGCCUGGCGAUCCUGGUACGUCGAUAUGUCCGGGGACGUGGACGAUCAAGGCUGGCAGUACUCGUUCUCGUUCGCGUCCAGGGCAUGGCAUGGCUCGCAUCCGUGGUUUCAUUCCUUUGUGCGCCGGCGCAGAUGGGUCCGGGUACGGGUGAAGAGGUUGGUGGAUAGGAGGGGUCGGACGGGACUGGAGAUGGCGCAUAGGUUGAAUGAGGAUUACUUUACGAUCCACUCGGGGAAGAAUAAGAGGGCGGCGAGUGAGGCGGGAAUGACGACUGCGUCGGCCGGUUAUUAUACGAAUGGAAGUUUGAGUCGAACGACAACAAAGGUGAAUGAUGAGGAAGAGGCGCCGGUGGAGGAAAUCGCAGAUAUACCAGCUUUGAUGCAUGCGCUGAGGGUUGCGAUUGUAGAUCGGGAGAAGGUGGACGCAUUGGAUCGGUUUUUGGACGAAGGUGGGGAGGAGUUGUUCUAUUUGCAUGAACAGAUCCCCGAAAUCAUGUCCAUGUUCGUCUUCCAAGCCUCGCGCUGGCAAUUCCUCACCCACCUAACGGAGGUCAUCGACGACCUCUCCCAAAAAACAUCCCAAGCAAGCGGAACCGAAGCCACCGAGCUUCAACGCAAAUUAGACCAUCUCCAAAAAGCCACCGAGGCAGCUCGACGCCAUCUCACCGGACCUGAAGUCCUCCGAACCGAGAAUCGCGAUUCGAAAAUGGAUAUGUUGGAUUUGACCCCCGCCCCGAAGAGAGGUAGUUUGUUGGCGAGAUACUCGGGCAAAUUCUCGUUUAAGCCGAUGGAUGAUGGUGGGGAGAUUAAGGGUAUUCCGAAGGAGGCGGAGGUUGCCCCAAUGUUAUCUCGUGGCCGUCCAUGUCUCAAAAGACGUAGUAUAUCUACUGUCCUAGACAACGUCACGGAAGAGCCACUCCUUUUUCUGUACCCGCGCUGGGCUACAGCUGCUGUUCGCCAACGGAGUCUUUUUUCCUCGGUUCGGCAUGCGGGGAAAGGGAAGAGUCUCUAUAAUACUUCUGCUGCUAGGGGGAGUCUGAUUGGGAGGUCGGGCCCGGUACCGAGAGUUUGUUUUGGGGCUGAGUCGAGACGAUGGGUUUCGGAUACUUUGCUCGAAGAGAAAAAGGAAUUGGAAGAGGAAGGGCAACUUGACACAGCACAGGAGGGGAAUGGCGACGAACAGAGUCAACAAGGCACGACGCUCCACAGAACAAUAGACGACGGAGAGCCACCUCCAAUCGAAGUGCAACGCGAACGACAAAGACGUGUUUUCAACGUUUUCUCCGAUCUACCGAUGCAACCUUUGCAGUUAUCGUCCAGCCGGAAAGGUAUGAGAUCAGCAGCGGCAGACUCUGAUGAACCGCCAGCAAUCGCUGUAAGGCGGCUAUCGCCCCGGGAUCGACGGAAGUUGAGAUAUCGACUGUUCUUGACGGAGUCCCGACCCCGUUCCUGUCUAGACGAAAAAUGGAAUAAAUGGAUCAACAUGCGCGAGAUUAUCGAGGAUCUGCAGAAUAAGGAUAUGGACGUGUCUGUGAAAGAGGCAGUCAAGCAGAAGGAAUUGCUUUUGCCGGAGGAGACCCUUGCCAUUCUAGCCGGUGUGACGGACAUGGCUUUGAAGGAGAACAUCUGGUAUGUGCCGGUUCAUAACGGGUGCAAGGUUCAUGUGCUGCCUCCGGCUCAGAGUCAGGGACAAUUCCGUAAGGUGAUUUUGUCUGGCUCCGAGCGGGUCGUCGAGAUGGUCAGCGACAAGAUCGAGGAGGCGAAGGGUUUUCAAGAACGCAAUGUCCCUAUGGUCGAGAUCCAGAAACCAGUUGUUCCCGUGAUCCCUUCCGUUGAGGCGAUGAAGCGCCAGAAUAUUCCAGUGCCGCUGGUUCGCGGCGUAUGGGACAUACAGUCGGCAGUGACAAACCCCGCAAAGUUUCACCUGCUUCUUCCUGCGGGCAACUCCUUGACCUGUGUCAGGGAUUUCGCUGAACAUGUGGAGGAGUUGACAAGGUCGAAACCGUCAUACGACUCGGACAUCCACUACCCCCACAACAGGCAAGUGGCCAAGAGGCUUGUGCAACUCUUUCGGCACCAAGAAUAUUACAGCUUCAUCUCGACGGCUGCGUUGAAUCGCGCGAUUACCUACCUGCUCGACCACGAGUUCUUGAGAUCUGCCCGUGCCAUCUUUCUCAAGGCCGAGCAUCUUGCGACAGUGGACACCUUCAAUAUCCUGCUAAAGUCUUCGGCUAAGAGGCAGGACCUCCUGUUCUUUCGUCAUUUCUUGCUGGCCAUGUCUCGAUUGAAGAUCCGGCCAGACGCGCACACGUGGCUCGCCUUGCUAGACUGCGUUAUUUCUACGAAGGAGAAAACGGAUCUCGUCGACUAUAUGGUGCAGCGGGGGUACCUGGACAACACCGGUGCGAUGCGGAGCGCGCUGCACCUGACUCUGCCGAAUUCAUUCCGGGCACACUUGGAAAGCGGCCAAAGCGUGGACUCAUUCAUCAGGAAGACGGCCGAGGCUUGCGGCGACAGCUGUUUUGCUCCGUCGUUGGUCAGCCAAAUGUUCGGCGUCAUUGUCCGACUGAAAGACUUUGCAGCUAUGGACCGGCUAUUUCAGAUCUGCAAACACCAGGACCUGACCUUCAACAGUGCCACCGUCACCCAAAUCAUGUCGCUUUUCCGAGCGGAUGUGCCCACCGCUCUCGGGUAUCUCUUCCGGUGCCUGGAGCGUCCGGAAACGAAGCUCGAGCGGCGCGCAUGGGAGCGGCUCUUCCUGGUUGCCUACAAAGGCCAAUACUAUAAUAUCUGUCGGGUCCUGUGGCGGUACGCGUGCAUGUCCGGAAAUGUGACGUACAAUAUGAAGCGUACGGUCGUCACCUCCUUGAUUCGGAAUGUCCCCCGCAAGACGGAGAUCAAUAUCCACACGAUGUGGGAUACGACCGCGGGCAAGGUCAUUGUGGGACUGGACCUGCAUCGCCCAGACCCUACUUUCGAGAUGAACGUGCUCGACAAUAUACCUCCGGAAUACGGCACCAACCCACUUGCGUACCUGUGCUCGGGCUUCAAGCCAGCCGGCGAAGAGCGGGAGCAGCAGAUCCGGGUGGGAUCGGCGCUCGCGCAGCAUGACAUUGCAGUCGGGGGCUGGUACCGCCCACAGCUACCCUUGAUGAUCAUGUUGGAGGCGGCUCUUGUCUUGGAUCAAGAGUGGAGGAAGGUGCCACGGCCGGUAUUCUGGCUGGUCCAGAAUGCCAUUCGCGUGCCGGUGAGGAAGUCGCUGAUGCCUCCUUGA